GAAUAAUUCAUACUUAUAACUGUGAAUCAGUGAACAUUCACUGUUUUCAGUGAUAAUCCACUGACUGACUUAGAGACUACGUCUACAGAGUGUCUUAAAGAUAUGACGUGUUUUAAGGCCUGUGUCCACGAUGCCAGUUCUUGGUCCAGGUUCUAGUUUCGAGAAAUGUGUAAUCAAUCAACUUGCAGCUAUUCCAUAGAAGGCCUUUAGACAUGCAUUGCCAUCCGGGCGUCUUCUAGCCAAAAAUGGGAACUCUUGCGCUCUACCGGAUUUGAGAAUACCUGUAGUCAUCAGCCUGCUUGCAUAGCGUCGAUCGGAAUAGCCGAUAUUAUCGCGCAACGUUUAAUUACAACGAUAACUUCCCGCCGGCGAACUUCUGCUGCCGCGCCGCGCCGUCAGCUCGCUCGCAGUAUCGUGUACCAAUUUUCGUUGCAUAACGUCGAAAGCGACGAUGUACAGAGUCGGAGCCUCAAAGCGCAGCCUCGGCGCGGGGCUUUCAUGCAAAAUUACAAAGCAUAAAUUCCGGCCGCUACAAUCUCGUUCCUCAUGUACUAGUUGUUUCUUCUCUUUCCGCCGCGACAUUGACGAAAUCUAGAUUGGAAAUUAUCGCGCGCCGAUUGCGGGCACUUCGGCAAAUUGCGAUAACAAAAUUGAGACCGCAAUUUCCUCCCGCCGGGGCGGGGAGAGGUCAGACAUCGUUAAAGAAUUUUCCCCAAGCCGCCGUGUCUACGAAUCACUCUGUACGUCGCGUUCGAUGUCUCUCGCUACGCAGUGCCGUUGCAGUAGUGCCUGAGCGGCCUCGCCGCGGUCUCCAGCCGUUGAAGACGCGAGGACGAAGGCCGGGACCGUUGAAGUGGACGACGAUCCGUGCCGGCUUGUGAAGCGCGCUGUAGCCUGGUCGAUGAUUCCCCGCGUCGCGGCGGAGCGUUGAUUGUGCCAGCCCGGCGGUAUUGUGCAAGUUGCAACGUUCAGUGACAAUACGAUAAAUAUCGGAGCGCCAAGAUGAUUCUCCGCCGAAAGUCGCAGCACACCUGCAACUGUCCCUGCCACCAGCACUGCUCGACCAAAUGCGCAGAUGUAGAGAGUAUGACAGGCGAGAUAGAAAAUGGAGACUUGGCAGUUCGAGACGUUGCAGACCUUCUCCAGGCACAAUACGCUAUUAUUACUGGAGGGAAAACGCGAGAGGGAUGUCCUAUAAUCACAUUUCCGGACAAUGGCAAUUUUCAUAAUUUGACUGAUUUGGAUUAUCAGCGUCUCAUGCUGUAUCUCACUUCUGUGCCAACGUUGCAAGAAGCUGAUCUUGGGUUCCAUUUGAUAAUUGAUCGGAGAAACGAUAAGUGGAAUUCAGUGAAAACGGUGCUCCUAAAGAUUUCUGCAUUUUUCCCCGGUUUGGUACACGUCGCGUACGUGCUACGGCCAGUCGGAUUUCUGCAAAAGGCAAUCUCGGAAGUGUCGAAUAAAUUGUUCCGGGAGGAUUUCAAGUUCAGGGUCAUAUUCUUAGCCAACGUCGCCGAGCUGCACGAAUUCAUAGAGUCGGAGCAGCUCACCGAGCAACUAGGCGGCGAUUUACCGUAUUGCCAUCACACUUGGAUACAGAACAGAAUUAGUUUGGAAAAGUUUUCAUCGAUGACACAGGACGUGUCUCUCGCGUUAGACUCUUUCACGCGACGUUUGGCCGAAGUGGAAUUUCCUAACAACACUAUCGCCACGACAACGUUAUUGUCGCAGCAACAAGCUGAGUAUAACGAGCUGAAGGAAGAAAUUCUCAGCGCUGCCAGGCACGGAGAAGCUCUGUUGGAUAGCGUACGACAGCUAACUGGAAAAGGAACGGCCGACAGAUUAGGAAAUGUCGCUGCAGUAGAGAGACUACUCGUCCAGUUGGAGGAAACCGAGCGAACCUUCGACCUGUUUUGGUCGCAUCACAGUUCACGCUUGAGGCACUGUCUGGCUCUGCGGCAGUUCGAGCAGGAUUUUCGGGAAUUGCAGGCGACGUUAGAUCAGCAUCUGAAGACGGCGGAAGAAAUGACGGAGGUCGGCGAGACGCAGGCGAGAGUGGAGCAAUUGUUGCACGACACAACGGCAUUUCAGCGAAUAUGCAGAGGAGAUAUAGAUCGAGCGGAGGAGGUGAUAUCCGCUGGCCAGCAGCUGUUGUCCGGCAGGCAUCAGUGCCCGACGGACGUUGUGGAGCCCAAAUGUGUGGAAUUGCAAAGAGUCUGCACUAUUCUCAGCCAGAGACUAGAGAGACGACUGCACAUGCUGACCAAGUGCAGGGAACUUAUGGAGCGUAUAGAUAAGGCUAACACAUGGUGUACGCGAGGGAUAGAAUUGCUAGCGUCGCAGAAUAGCACGACGUUGCCGGAUCAGGCGCUCCAAGAGCUGCAGCAGUUGAUCGAAGCCGCGGAGGAGUUUCACCAUCCCCGAUGUAUCUUCCAGGACUCCGUGAUGCCGGAGACUAAAGCGCUCAUUACGCAAGUUCUGCAAAGGAUAGAGGAUGUGUCCCUGAUGUGCGACAAGAGGAUAAUGGCACUAAAACAGCAGUUGAUUAAACCAGCCAGACCAGUACAAACCGUCACUCCAGAACCAGUCAAACCCUUACAAUCACUGCCUCAAAUCGUUAAGUCCGGCAGAAUUCUCAAGAAAGCUAAUACCAUGCCAAAGAUGGAGAUGAGUCCUAUAGAGGGAGAGUCUUCGUCGCCGGAGAGCGAACCUCGGGACGUCGAAGCUCUGCGCUUAAAGCGCGGCCACGUCUUGACGGAACUCGUGGAAACCGAGCGAAUCUACGUCGCCGAGCUCGGCUCGAUCGUCAAAGGCUACAAGAUGGAAAUGACGAACGAGGCGAUGGCGCAUUUGAUACCCGCGGCACUAGUUGGCAAAGCGGACGUGUUGUUUGGAAAUUUAGAGGAUAUUUGUAUUUUUCACGGGGAGACGUUCCUGCGGGACUUGGAGAAUUGCAUUUCGAACACUGAGCUCGUCGCUUUGUGCUUCGUCCAAAGGCGCGAGAUGUUCUUCAGAUUGUACAGUUAUUAUUGUCAAAACAUUACGCGAUCUGAGAGAUUGCGCGAACAGAUACAAAGCGAGCCGCAGUUUCUUGCGGCCUGCCAGCAGAAGCUUGGCCACAAGCUGCCGCUCGCUGCAUACCUUCUCAAGCCCGUUCAGCGAAUUACCAAGUACCAGUUGUUGUUAAAGGAUUUGUUAAAGUAUAGCGACGAGCCUUCGUGCUGCACCGAGUUGCAGGAGGCACUGGACUGCAUGCUAGUUGUGUUAAAGUGCGUCAAUGACAGCAUGCAUCAAACUGCGAUAACGGGUUUUGGAGGCGAUCUGAGUGCACAGGGUGAAUUAUUGUUACAAGGCUCAUUUAGCGUCUGGAGCAGUAGUAAGCGGGAGCGAUUGUUGCGACUAAAACCAUCUCAACGACAUAUUUUCUUAUACGAGAAGGCAAUGAUAUUUUGUAAGCAUAGCAAGCCUCAGGCCCACGACAAAGCCACGUAUCACUUUAAGAGAUAUUUGAAGAUGUCGCAGAUUGGUUUGACGGAGUCGGUGAAAGGUGAUGCCAAGCGAUUCGAAAUAUGGUUGCAGGGUAGAGCUGAGGUGCACACGAUACAAGCGCAGAACAUCGACGUGAAGCAAUCCUGGGUACGUCAGAUCAAAGGCGUUCUGAUGUCCCAGCUAGCCGAACUUAAAGGCAAACAGAAUUCGGCUCUUGGCAAAUCCAAUCAUAAGCCGUUGCGGCAAACUAUUUCGUGGGAAGCGCAAGGCAGUAUAUCGGGAUCUCUGCGAACGUUAUCCGUCGACAGCAACAGCGUUAUCUCCCACAUGACCGACGUGUCGCAGUCCACGGAGGAGGAUACGGCGUGGAGUUCGGAGAACAGCAACACGGACGAGGAAGACGCCUUUGGCGACAGUCCGGGACCGGCACCUGGCGGAAGAUACGUGGCGUUGGCCGAUUAUUGCGCGGUGGGACAGUCGGAAGUCACGAUGCGCGAGGGUGAUACCUUGGAGCUUCUCAAGGUCGGCUGUGCCGGCUGGUGGUUCAUCAAGCUGAUAGGUAGCGGCCUGGAGGGUUGGGCGCCCGCGGCGUAUCUGGAACCGAUCAGUCGGAAAACGUCACGCAGCUCGCAGUCGGUGAACAGUCAGGAGACUAUAUGAAAUAGGCGACUAACACACUAGAGGACCCGCUAGUGUGUUAGAUCUUUGGCUCGUCUCCGCAGAUCGCCGCAGUCCCGUCAAGGGACACCGCAUUCACCGUUCGGAGCGGUGUCUCGAGGAUUUUUCCAGGCGGCGGACGGUUUUUUGGAAAUCUUUUACAGCAUUUAAACUAGACGAUGAGUUGCGUCAUUUUGUGUACCUUUCUUACGCGACACGGCGUACGGGAGAUUUGUCGAGUGACGCCUUUGCGUUCGCGAUACGAGGAACGUUAAGUUGAACAGGAUUUUUACGUUCACGGGAAUUUUAUACUAAUUAUGCAUAACGAGAGGUGGACAAGACGGAGGGAGAAGCCUCACGUUUCGCGACCUUCGCGCCGCGAACGAUCGGUCGAGCGAGAUUGUCGCGGUUUGCUUACAGAUUGGACGAACUCGUUCGCGAGCACGGAAUGGCGUUUACUAAAUUGUACAAAAUGUUUGAAUUAAGGGGUGUAUACGUGCACGCGCACAAUGGAUUACGAGACAAUGAUCUCGUAUGUCGAUCACACUACAAUUUCUAUAACGAUGUACACGCUAUAGUCAGCGGCAAGCGGGAGCCAGGAGGGAUCCCGACGUUAAAUCGCACGCGUCCUCGCGUUCGAUCGCUUAUAAUUCGUUAUAAGGAGAAUCUGCAUGAAGAAGUAUGUAUUCUGUAAAUGGUAGUUUCUACUUGCGACCCGAGUAAUCAAAUAUCGGCUGUACGCGAUUAUUCCAAAGUUUAAUAUUGUUGUGAGAGAGAGAGUGAGAGUGAGAAUGAGAGAGAGAAAGAGAGAGAAAAAGAGAGACGCGUGACACUUUCGUCCAUAGAGUUCUGUCGACGACACGCGUAACUUCCUUUUGCCGAUAAAUGAUCUUACUCUCGCUCGGUGUAUUUCGCGGCGUCGCGAGUAAUUAGACGUCGAUCGUCGGACAAACCGCUGCCGUCGAUCGCGUCAGUUGUGUAUCGUCAUAUGUUGGCUUAGAGUUCUUAGAUAGAGCCCUAGUUGCAUCGUUCACAACCGAAUAGUACAAUUUUAGCGCAGUUUUCGCGAGCUUUCGAGAGUAUCCUAAGUGUUUCGUUUUUCCGAGGUCGCUUCCGAGGGUGACUGAAAUAUAAAAUAUUCGCAACGGUGGAUCCUCGAGCCUUCGAAGAAGGGGGAGAAAAAUGUGUGAUAAAAGAAAUCGAAUUAGAACGAUGCUUCUGCAAGACUAAUCAUUGUAAACACGCGCGGAGGGGAAAGGGAGAUGUUUAAUUAAUAUUGCGCCAUUCUUAGGACGUUAGAUACAUUGUUGACGAGUCGUUUGCGACCAAAUAAGCUUGAGACGUUACUAUAUGACAUAUAUGUGAACCAUCCGUUUCGGGGGGAGGGGAGGGGGGAAGGUGUAACGCGGUGGUGGGACGGAGGGGGUUCGAAAGAAUCAUAUGCUACGUGUACACAAAUUUUCUAGGAGGCUAAACGGUUAACACCAAGUAACAUGCAAUAUCUGAUACCGAUAAAAUCCUAACGCAUUAUAUACUUUAGGACUUAUACAAAUAAGCAAUCUUCUAUAAGUUCUAGCGGAUUUCAUAACCCACCAGUUUCAUAAGUCUCUAUUACGAUAUGACGCUGUAUAAUAGUAUCAUUUGUACUGAAACGUUUGUACGGAUACGGAUAACAUAAUUUAAGGGGGGGGUUCAUCUCGACCGCUAUGAUUUUUCUCUCCGGUGUCGCAUGCGUUAAUUGUGUCCGCUCCUACGCGAAACAAGGGACAUGAUUCCGUCGCAGCUUUUUACUCGUAUAGCCUACAUGAGUCUCUGCUUUUUAGUAUUUACAAUCAGAGUAUUAUUAUUUGUACAGAAUUGCUGAUAUUUAUUAGAUAUUUAUUAGAUCUAUUUAUUGACUAUAGAAGUUGAUUAUUUAUAUCGCGACGAGUCACGGCGAUCAGUGGUUUAUACUGGCUCAGGCUGCCCCAGACUGAUUUACAAUUGAUGUGCGCGAUUAAGCCGAGGGCUAUUGUAUAAUUUACGAUCGCGUAAACUCUUGAGUCGAGCGUACACGUUAAUUCGUUUAUUCGCCGGGGCACUGCGUUUACGAGACCCGCACCUCCGAUCGUACAAGCACGGUAUUUCUUUCCGCGUCACGUCUGUUACUUUCCGCGUCUCCUCGCAUCUAGAGCUGUAGUACGUCUACGUGUAUUCAUCCAUUUGUACGCCGUCCUUAUAUAUUGACCAUGAAAUUCCAAUCAAACGAGCGAUGUUGGUUUGAACGGCCGCGCGCUCCCCUCGAUUGUGCGAUAUCGAGGGCUGGACUGGCGCGCGGUCAAUUUUCGUUUUGCGACAGUUCAUCGGAAACCCAUGCAAAGAUUUGGGGGAAGAAGACACUGGUGGGCAGUUCAUCUCGAGGGAAAGGAAAAGGCAGUUAAAGCGCCGCUCGUCACGCAUCUCGCCAUAUCCGCGGACAUUUCCGUAGAACACGUCACCUCGCCGGAAGUCGUUCGUAGGCCUGGCGAGGCGAUUCCUCAUCUCUGUGUAAAAUCGCGGUUGAAAAGCGACCAAGCCAAGGGUGAUAUAUCUAAAACACGCGAGACGCGAUUUUGUAGAACCUAUAAAUAUACACAUAUAUAUGUAUACACGCAUACACAUACAUAUAUACAUAGACAAUAAUUAUAUACCCGCUGUUGGAGGAAUACCAUGGCAAAUGCGGUUCGCGUAACGAUAUUUCACGAUGAACGACCGAAGAAGAAGCGACACUACCCUCGGCGACUACCCGGGGCAAAUAGAAGCAGGUUUCCGCGAGUGAAUCUCUCGUCGUGGACGGAAUCGCGAUUAUUAAUGAAGAUCUGUCGCGGGGAGAGACAGAAAGAGGAGGAGGAAGAAAAGCGCAGAGGAGUUGGACGUUUCGACCGCGGUUCCCUUAACGGACGGUUCCUCUCGUCGUUCCUCGUUGGCGCAAGGGGGUGAUAGUAAAGUCUAUUUUUGCAUAUAACAUGUAACAAAGAGGCUGCCGAAAUCUCUUCUAUUUGCAUUACGUAAUGCGUUUUGCGCGAUCGCUUCUCGCCGACUGUAAUUAACGGCCGUACGCCUUUCCUUCCUUCGAUUAUCCCUUCGAGCCCUUCGUCGACUUGUUUCCUUCGCGCGCGGUCUGCGAUUGUAAAUCGCAGGUCGUUCUAAUCCUCGCGGGGAACGUAACUUCUCGGCUCUCAGGAGCGAUAUUUUUAUACGGGAUAUGCGAGCGGCUCGCUCGAGCUUAGAUUGAUCAACGCUUGGAAUCAAUGUCUGUUUAUAUCGAAUUUGUUACGUGAAAGAAUUGACGAAUUCGCGAAUAACGCUUCGGUUGGAGAGGCUUUCGCGUACGAAGGGACGAGCGUGAACGCCGAUUACAGCGUGCAGCGAGAAACGUUCGCUUUUAAUUGUCACCCGUCUUCGUCUCCAUCGUCUUCGAAGAAGGGAACGGAACACCGCGAUUUCCAUGCGAUUUGGCUGUUCCACGUGUCACAAGGAGUUUCUGUUUCAACCUGUCCGAGAACACUUUGCGUGCAAUUCAGUUUGUCAAAACUUGUAUGAGUAUCUGCAAUACUAAACGGGAACAUUAAACGCAAGAAUUCGAAACGGAAUCUGCAACAAAA